AUGGUGCUCUGCUCCGCACAGCCGCCCGGGGGCCCGCAGCAUGGCACUGCCCUCCUCCCGCUGGCAGCCUCCGGCGGGCAGCCCCUGCCGCUGCCUGCGCUCCCGCGGGGCUUUCCCCUCCUUUUAAAGCAAAAAAGCCUUUUCAGCAGCUCUUCAUUUACGGAGCCCCACAGCCCCCCUCCUGCAUUUCUAAACGCCGCUGCCGCCCACUCCUCCUCCCACCGCCGGCGGAGCUGCGCCAGGAUUAUCUCCGGCGGGCAGAGCCGCGGCCGCCGUUAUCGGGGCGCAGGCACCACCGGAGCCCGGCCCGGGGCCCACCCUGCCCGCAGCGGCGCCGCCACAAGCCCCCCAGGCUGCAGCUCCACGGGGCGGGCCGGGGGGCUGCGGGGUGCCUGCGGCCGGCAGCCCCCUGCCCUGGGCGGGGAGCGCAGGGUCGGAGCGGUGCUGCCCCUAACCUCCUGCGACCGCAACCAGCCCGGGGCACAGCAACCCCCCGGCGGCACCCCCGGGACGGGGCCGAGGCCGCUAGACCCCGCCGCGCCCCACGGGGCAAAGCGCAGAGCUCCCAGCACCGCCUGGGGCACAACGGCAGAGACCCCCGGGGCCCCCCGGGGCGUUCCCGGGACCCCUGCCCGCGGGGGGCGGCACCGGCGGCGCCCGCAGAGCCCCGAGCCGCGCGGGGGCAGAACCGCAGACCCCAACCAACCUUCCUGCCCUCACAGAGCUCCCGCCGGGACCCGAGCCCCGCCGCAGGCCGCCGCUCACCUGCCGCCGCCGGAACCGGAAGUAGCCGGCGGUACCGGGAGGGGCGGGGCUUCCCGGGGCGGGGCAGCACGCGGCCGGCAGGGGGCAGCACGCGGCCGGGAGCGGCGCGGCCGGGGGGAGGAGCCUGAGGGGGCGGACCGGGAACCCCCGGGACACCCCCUCCGGGACACCCCCCCCGGGACACCCCGUCCGGGACACCCCCCGGUACCCGGCCUGGCUGCGUCCUUGGGUGCAGCCUCUCCCGGCUCAGCCUCUCCCGGCUCAGCCCCCGGUACACGCUCCCGGUACACGCUCCCGCUGCCCCGCUGGGUGCAGGCCCCCCGGCACACGGCCCCGGUGCAACCGCUCCGGUGA